UUGAUCCAUCUUCCAUUUUCCCACGCAUGACGCAUGAUAUAUAGUACAGUUUCUCUGUUACGCUCCUUUCAUUUCUGAUCGUCAGUUUCUGUCAACCUUUCUUCUUCUACACGUGUUGCUACUAAGAUCAUCCCCUUGUGCUUGCAAUGGCUGAGUAUCCAUAUGGUUCAAGAGCUUACCGUGGGAAUUCCUCAUCAGGUGGCAGGCAAUCUAAUGCUAAUCGUUCUUGUACCCUUGAGUUUGAUGGUUCUUCCAAAGGAAAUCCUGGAUCAGCUGGUGCAGGAGCUGUGCUGCGUGCUGAAGAUGGAAGCAAGGUCUAUCUGCGUGAAGGAGUUGGCAAUCAAACGAAUAACCAAGCUGAAUAUCGAGGUUUAAUUUUAGGACUGAAACAUGCCCAUGAGCAAGGAUACCAGCACAUUAAUGUCAAAGGAGACUCCCAGCUUGUUUGCAAACAGGUUGAAGGUUCAUGGAAAGCUCGAAAUCCGAAUAUAGCUUCCCUGUGUAAUGAAGCAAAGGAGCUGAAGAGCAAGUUUCAAUCAUUCGACAUCAAUCAUGUUCCUAGGCAAUAUAACUCUGAAGCUGAUGUUCAAGCAAAUCUGGGUGUAAAUCUCCCAGCUGGUCACGUUGAAGAAUAUUGUGAGUUUCCUUGAUGCAUGACUGGCAGUAUCAAGCAUUGUCAAUUUCUUUUUGCUUUCUGCCUUUGGUAAUUCGGAUGCUGUAAUAAAGAAGCUGGUUAAAUUUCGUACUAUAUACUUUGUUUUAUGUGACUUUUUUUGUGGGUGUUGGCACUGCCUUGUGCAGCCACAGAUCAAUUACUUUGAGCUGUUUUGUCUGUUUGACUAUGCAUAUCGUGUGGAUGCUCACAAUUAGUGCUACUUUAAUGUUUGGAUGGCAUUGCCUCAGCUAAUGCAUGACCUUAUUGUAAGCA